UGCUUGCUGGGAACAGGACUUCUAAAACGGCAAAUAUGUCUGGAAGGUUGUGGUCCAAAGCCAUUUUUGCUGGCUAUAAAAGGGGUCUUCGGAACCAGAGGGAGCACACAGCUCUUCUUAAAAUUGAAGGCGUUUAUGCCCGAGAUGAAACUGAAUUUUAUUUGGGCAAGAGAUGUGCUUAUGUAUACAAAGCAAAAAACAACACAGUGACUCCUGGUGGCAAACCUAACAAAACCAGAGUAAUCUGGGGAAAGGUAACUCGUGCUCAUGGAAAUAGUGGCAUGGUUCGUGCCAAAUUCCGAAGCAAUCUUCCUGCUAAGGCCAUUGGACACCGAAUCCGUGUGAUGCUGUACCCCUCAAGGAUUUAAACUUUAUUGAAAAAUAAAUAAAUAAAAUCAAAAAAAAAAAAAA